GGAAAGGUACAACCUGUAAGUCCAGCGUGGGGUGUGGACAGUUUUGAUCCUUUUGUUCCAGGAGGAAUAGCCUCUCAUCAUAUUGCAGCAGGCACAUUGGGCAUAUUAGCCUGCUUAUUCCGUCUUAGUGUCCGUCCAUCCCAAUGUUUAUACAAAGGAUUAUGCAUAAGAAAUAUUGAAACUGUCCUUUACAAAAUAACACUUAUUUAACAGUAGAUUAAUAAGGUUUGGUGAUUGGGGUGUGGCAACAUGACAAUGAAUGAGGAGAAGACGAUUGACCUUGGUCAAGGAUGGGAAUUAAUGCAAAGGGUGAACACACAGCUGAAGAAUAACCUGGACGGCCUGGAGCCGAAGUUGAGUUAUGAGGACACCGAAAAUCUUUCUCUAGAGAAGCAUGGUGAAUCUAUCUUGACAGAGCUUGUUCAUAGAUGGGAUCACCAUAUAGAGAUUGUCAAUUGGCUUUCCAAUUGCUUUCAAUAUCUUGAGGGCAACUACAUAUCUCAAAAUUCAUUGCCUUCCCUCCAUGAAGUUGGAAUCACUUGUUUCCGUGUCCCGGUCUACCAAGAGCUAUAUGGAAGACUGAGCGAAGCUGUAAUUUCUCUUAACAAUAACUUGUUGAAAAAUCAAGCAAAUAAGGGCGAGCACAUUGACAGAUCCUUAUUGAAGAAUGUUCUAGAUAUAUUUGUUGAAGUUGGUAUGGGGAAGACCUAUAGGAAAAAUUACAAGGUGGAGGAUUUGUCAAGAAUGGCAGAGCUCUGUUCUCAAAUUCCUGGAGGCUUGAUUAUCAUUUCUCGGAUUUUCGCAGCGCAUCUUGUUGUUGAAGCUAGAGCAUUGGUUGAACAUGAUGAGGAUGCUGCAAGCAAUGAAAAGGAUUUUGUAAUGAAGGCUAUUAAGCUGCGUGACAAAUACUAUACCUACACCAAUGAUUGUUUCAAGGGAGAAACUUGUUUACUUCUGGAUCUCAAGAUUGCUUUUCAAGAAUUUUGGAGAAAGGGUGUGGUUGGGAUGUCAUGUUCAAAAAUUUUGGCUUCCUUUUGUGAUAACAUUAUAAGGAAAGGAGGAAACGAAGCAAUUGAAGAAACCCUUCAGAAGGUAGAAGACUUGCUUGAUUAUAUCACAUGUGCCGACAGGGAUUUGUUUGCAAAAUUUUAUUGGAAAAAGAUGACUCAAAGGCUUCUUUUUUACAAGAAUGCCAAUGUGGAAUUUGAGGCAUUUAUUCUAACACAGUUGAGGUGGCACUUGCAACCCUUCAUUGGGAAGAUGGGGCAAAUGCUUAGAGAUUUAACAUUGGCAAAACAAAAUGAAGUGGCUUUUGAGGAUUUCUUGAGCACCAUUCCAUAUAUAGAUCUAGGGAUUGACUUUGCUGUAACUGUUCUCACCGACCGUCGUUGGCCUUGCUACAAGUCUUUUCAUCUUAACCUUCCAACUGAAAUGGUCAAAUGUGUUAAGGCUUUCACUGAGUUUUAUCAAACUAAAAAGAAUUGUAGGAAACUUACAUGGAUAAAUUCCUUGGGGACCUGUAAGCUCAUAGGCAAUUUUGAGUCCAAAAGUAUGGAGUUGGUUGUAACUACAGCUCAGGCCUGUGCAUUGCUAUUAUUUAAUGAGUUUGAUAGGAUCAAGUAUUCAGACAUCAAGGUCUCAUUAAAGUUGCCUGAUAAGGAUCUUGUGAGGGUUUUACAACCUUUAUCCUGUGCAAAGCAUAAGAUAUUGAAAAAGGAACCAAACACACAAACCAUAUCUCCUAGUGAUUACUUCGAAUUCAACUCAGAGUUCACAGAUAGAAGGAAAAGGAUCAAGAUUUCAAUACCUCCUUUGGUUGAGAAGAAGGUAGUUGUAGAUGAUGAGACUCGUGUCCAAAAUAGAAUUCAUAGAUCAAAUGUCAUUGGAGCCACAAUAAUGAGGAUAAUGAAAAGGCAUAAGGUUUUGGGUUUUCAACGAUUGUCAAAGGAAUGUCUUGAGCAAUUGUGCUCCAAGUUGAAGCUUCAUCGCAGAGAAUUCAAAAUGCAAAUUGAAAGUUUGAUUGAGCAAGAGUAUCUUAUGAGGGACAAAUCUAAUCCUAAUCUGUUCAGGUACAUACCAUGAUGUGGAUUAGUUUGGUAAGGUGUUUACAUAAAGAUAUUAAUUGAGAGAAUUGAAGUGUGAAAUUUGUCUUUUUCAAAGUAACAGUUUUUGAGUAAUUGUUGCUGAUAUUUGUAUAGAAAAACUAACCAGGAUGAGCAUAGAAAAUGAACAAAUGCAUAGACAGCUCUGUAAAGUCCUCCAAGAAUCUUGAUGCAUCUCAUGACAUGCUUAACUUUUGACUGUUGUGUAUAUAAAAAAAGAAGGGACAACUAACUCAUCAAAACACAGGAAUGAACCAAGUUCCCUGACAUUAGUUAAACAAUUGUCCAUGAUAAGAGCUGCUUAUCUUUCACUCUAUUUUAAUAGGGGUAAAAGCAUAACUAACUCAGCAAAACAUAGGAAUGAGCCAAAGUAUAUGCUUUUAUCUUCUGUAAUAAUAUAUACAUUUUAUCUUCUGUAAUAAUAUAUACAUCUGCACCCUAUCCUUCUUUGAAAAGCUUGUCCCAUACAUUCUUUGUUUCCUUGGUACAAAGCCACACUCUGGAGUCCUGUUGGGUUGUUCACUCCUUGUGUAGAUUUUACUUGGAAGAGGAGGUGGUUUGAGAAUAUUAUUAAAGUUAGAUGAUACAG